GAUGUGAUUCAUUUAGGAGCUGGCAGUGUAUUCAUCAGACGGGUCAUAUUCCCUACAGGAGAUGGAUGGGAUAGAGAUGGUUUCGGUCCUUUCUACUGUGAGGCUUCUAAAUCUGAUCGAGACGUUACAAGAGUUACUACAUUUUUCCAACGAAGUGAUGCUAAAUUCAUAUCGAGUGAUGAAUUGUUUACAAAGACAGUCAAUGUGAAUGAAACCGGAGUGAUGAUCAGCAUGACUAGUCGUGAUAGUCCUGAUGAGAGUGACAAUCUGAUUACUUGGAUGAAAGAUGGAAGUGAGGUUCUUACAUCAUAUGGUGGGCAGACUGAGAUCAGCUUCCCAAACCCAAUCCAGACAUCAGACCAAGGAAUCUAUGAGAUCUACUAUGAUAACGAGAGGAAUCAAAAUAGAGGAGGAUUAUACAGACUCAUCGUCAGAGAAUGCCCUGCUGGUAAGUGGGGUCCCCCUGAGUGUUAUGGUAUCUGUGAUAAAUGCUACAAUGGUGGAGUCUGUGAUGACAAGUCUGGCCUGUGUAUCUGUCCUAACAACUUCAACGGAACGAAUUGUUUAGAAAUUCCAGAUGAAUGUGAAGCUGGGUACUAUGGAUCUCAAUGCACUGAUAAAUGUCAUUGCUUGAAUGAUGAACCAUGUGAUAAACAGACUGGAGAGUGUCCUGAGCAGAAGUGCGCUCUAGGAUACAAAAUACGCAGUACUGGCCAGGUCAUUUGUCAAGAGUGUGAAGGGGGAACCUUUGGCUUGGAUUGUCUUCAGCAAUGCCACUGUGCUCAAGAGGCUUGUGAGACGGAGAGGGGUCUUUGUAAGGGACUAUGCAUUGAUAGCUGGAUUGAACCGAGCUGCAGUCAAAGAAUAUCCAGAUUGGUUCCAGUGAGAGUAAACCCAUACCAACCAUCUAGCUUCACAUGUUAUGUUGAGGGUAUCCCACUUCCCGAUGCAUCCUCAGUUGAUCUUUACAGACGUACUGGAGACACCAAUAACAGGACAGGAAUCACCAUGAGAUCUAGCACUGUCUCAGGGUCAGAACGAGCUGUUGUCUUUGAUGUUGAUAGUGUGUAUCCACAGGAAGAUGGGGAAUACGUUUGCGUUCUUAAUGCUGAUGGUGUAGGCCAUCCCGGGACGCCUAUUACCAACGCAACCUAUGGUGAGCAAACUGCGUGA